UUUUGACAUUUUCUGUUAUUGAACGGUCUACAUUUGUUUAUUUCGUGGAAGGAAGUUUGUUUAUCAGUGGGAAUACGGUCAGUUUCCUUUAAUAUCAUCCAAUGUCCGAAUACAGCGCUGUGAAAAGUAGCAAAUUAGUGCUCAAGGGUGAAAAUUCCAGUGGUUCCAAACGUAAACACAAAAAACACAAGAAGGAAAAAGACUCCAAACGAACCAGAGUUGAGGUUGAUGAGGACGCCCUGAAGCAUGGUGGCUGGUGGAAGGUGGCCAAAGUGACCGAGAUGACCGGCUCGGUGGCAAUUCAGUUCGGGAAGCGUGCGUUUGUCAAAGCGCUAGAUAAUGGUCUGUUCACACUGGGAGCCCCUCACGACGAGGGAGAUGGUCCAGAUCCGGAGGAAAUAUUUACUGCGGUGGCGAUAAACGAGGAGAAGGUGGCAUUCAAAUCCGGCUAUGGGAAAUAUUUGAAGGCGGAGAAGGACGGUGUGAUUACGGGCAGAUCGGAUGCAGUUUCGGCGGUGGAACAAUUCGAGCCGGUGUUUCAAAAUGGAAAAAUGGCUCUGCUGGCGGUAAACGGUUGCUUUAUCUCUGUCGACCCGGAAGACGACGCUGUGGUAGCGAUCAAGAAGAAGGUGGGGGAGAACGAGAUCUGCAUUAUCAGAAGUUGUGCCGUUCGGGAGCAGAAGAACACUAAGGAAGUGGCUGUCGAAGAAGAGGGCGAUUUAGAUCAAGUUGAGAUUAAUUAUGUAAAAAAGUUCCAGAAAUUCCAGGACAAAAAGUUGCGAGUUAACACAGAAGACAAGGCUACCUUGAAGAAAGCUAAGGUAGAAGGGGUUCUACAUGAAGCUUUACUCGAUCGACGGAGCAAGAUGAAGGCGGAUAGAUAUUGCAAAUAAAUCUCUGAUCGUCAUUAAAACCAAUAAACGUAGCGUAAAUGAUGUGACUUUA